AUGGUCAAGCUGGACUACACCUCCUCCGGCUCGCGCGUGCCGAACCCUCCCGGCUAUGUCGGCGCGGCGCGCGAGACUACCAAGCGCGAGCGUACCGACCGCCAAGGCAACGAGCUCAAGCUCAAGCGCGCGUGGGAGAUGGCCUUUGCCCCCGCCAAGUCCCUCCCGAUGCAGGGCAUCAUGCUCUACUUCUCCGGCUCGGGCGUGCAGAUCUUCUCGCUCGGCAUGAUCUUCAUGCUUCUCACGGGGCCGAUUUCCGCCGUCACGGGCAUUAUGCGUGCUUUCGAGCCGUUCAGGACUGUGCGUGCCGACGGGGAGCUGUCGUACAGCCUCCUCGUGCCGGCUAUGGUCACGUAUGCGCUGUGCCAAGGAGCUGUCUUCGCCCUCGGACUCUACAAGUGCUGGACGAUGGGCAUCCUGCCCUCAGGCCCCGCCGACUGGCUGCAGUUCGAGACGCGGCCAACUUGGCCGGAAUGGAGCGCGGUGCGCGCCUUGAUACUAGGAGACGUGUAAACCGGAUCACAUGCAAUCUAUAGACAAC